UCUUAGUAUUCUGUGAGUGUCGAGAAUCAGCUAAUUUUACUUUACGUUUGAGUUUAUGCUAGAUUCCGGCUGUGAUAUCAAGGAUAAAAUAAUUUAUCAAGCAAUUAACAUCACCUCUGUAAAAGCUUUAUUUCAUAUUAUAUUAUGCAACAAGUGUGGUAAACGGCAUUUGAUUCACGAGUUUAUUUGAUACGAGCGGAGCGCAGCGGAGCAAGUGUUUAAUAAACGAGUGACUUAAAAAGUUUACCGAAAGUGUUGCAUACUAUACUUUUUCUACGACCGUUAGUUUUUGGGUACAGUUUCGCAAAACAACACGAAUAUAUUCAAUGACAGACACCGAGGUUGCUAAGGCGUUGACCUGCCAACUCGAACUUGCCGUAGGUUGAGGGUUCGAUUCUCACCGGGCGCCUUGGGUGUUGUGUGUGUAAAAAGUUGUUAUCGGUCAAUUUGCCUUCGCCGAUGCCGGAAAGUGAGCCCCAAUUAAGCCUAAAGAAAAAACAUUCACUGACAUGGCCGUCAGAAUUGACAAACGUCACAAUUCAAGGUGCGGGAAAUAUCUCUGAAAACAUCCGAUUGCUCCCAAACCUGCGCGGUAAAAUCCCGGAAAUGUCGGAAGUGGCUAGGAUUCGUGGGAAAAGAAACGUUUCCCGCGCGUUAGAUCGGUGCGUAAUUAGGUACUUUACAGAAGUAGAAAAAUAACAUUUCGACGUGCAAACUGCAAUAAAGCGGUGUCCGCACUAUGUAGAACUCGAAUCAAGACGCUACGAACAAAAUGAAGUUGAAAGGACUCAAGUAGUGUAGACGUCUCGAGCGCGUUACGCAACAUUUCAGCUGAUGAUGCAAUCAGUCAUUUAUUUCUCAUCAAUUAAAGCGAAAUUAAAUUUGUUUUGAAGUCUACUCUUGUACAACUUAUAUUUGUUGGAAUAUAUUUUAUAUAUUGUGGGAUGCAAGUGAUCCUGAGUGUAGUUGUUUAAUCUAUGAAUUAAUGUAAGUGAUGAAUUGGAGCAAUGUCAAACUAUCUAUUUAAUAGAAAUGUAUUGGGAUCACCCUGUAUUGUGGGAUACAACUGAUCCCGAGUGUAAAAAUAGAAACAUCUGAAGACGACGAUGUUUCUGGUUUACUACUGCUGCAAUUGUUGUAUCUUCAGUAUUGCUCAUAAUAAUUAAUAGAAUAUAUACUAUAAUUCCUAAGCUUGGCGAUAGAAUGUAUGUGGACCAACAGGUCUGUACAUACUGAGCGAUUGUGGACGAAGUCAAAGCUAAACAGGAAUGCGAUUCAUCGUUUGACGUAGUGUGGACACAGCUUAACAUGGCAUAUAGCGAUGGCAAUCUUAGUUUUCUGUGGGUAACGGGAAUCAGCUGCUUUUGAGUAAAACAGUUAUCUGUUUAGACACUCAUAUUGUUCAUCACGAUAGAUUCCUGCUGUAGUUAUCACGGAUUAAAUAAUUUAUCAAGCACUUAAUAUCGACGCUAUAAAGGCGUUAUUUCAAAUAACAAUUCGAAAGGGCAGAUUAUAUAAUUAGCAGUUAUCAAAUUUAUACAGACACAAAGUAAAUAAUAUUGAUAAUUUUCGCGUCGUCUAGUGAUAAGCUAAACCAGACUGAGCUGAAGUAUAUAAGGAUGGGUUAGGUCAAGAGUAAGAGCAGUAAUGGACAGUAAAGUGUCAUCUAGUUAAUGUAGCGCAAUAAAUUAAAAUACGCGGUAUUCGAAGCUAUGUCUUCUGGGAAGAAGUGCCAGAAUUGCGGUAGCUCGGAGAUUGAAGUAGAUCCCGCAAGGGGAGAUGCGGUGUGUACUAACUGUGGGUCUGUCUUGGAAGACAGUAUUAUUGUAUCGGAAAUACAAUUUGAAGAGGGGGCUCAUGGGACAACGAGCGCCAUUGGACAAUUCGUCGCCGCAGAUUCCAGCGGAGGCGCAACCAAAUUUGGAGCCGCUUUUCAUGUCGUCGGUCUACUCGAAUCGAGGGAACUGACCCUCCGAAAAGCACGAGGUGGGAUCACGCAUCUAGGCAAUCAGCUCAAGUUAAACCAGCAUUGCAUAGACACAGCUUGUAGCUUUUUCAAAAUGGCGCUCUCAAAAAAUUUGACCCGAGGAAGACGAAAUACACAUAUCCACGCCGCCUGUGUUUAUUUAACUUGUAGAACAGAAGGUACAGCACAUUUGCUUAUCGAUAUAAGUGAUGUGUUGCAAAUUUGUUGUUAUGAAUUGGGAAGGACAUAUUUAAAGUUGUCGCAGGCGCUAUGCAUCAACGUUCCUUCAGUUGAUCCCUGUAUUUAUAUCUUAAGGUUUGCAUCGAAGUUAGAUUUUGGGGACAAAACGCAGCAGGUGGCAAAUACUGCGCUCCGAUUGGUCCAGAGAAUGAAACGCGAUUCUAUUCAUUCGGGACGAAGGCCGUCGGGUCUGUGCGGCGCCGCCCUACUAAUAGCAGCUCGACUGCACGAGUUCAGCCGAACCCUGGGGGACGUUUUGAAAGUAGUGAAAGUACAUGAGUCUACGAUGAGGCGAAGACUCAUAGAGUUCGGAGACACGCCCAGCAGCACUCUGACCUUGGAAGAAUUCAUGACGGUCGAUUUAGAGGAGGAACAAGACCCACCCUCGUUCAAAGCGGCCCGUAAAAAAGACAAAGAGAGGCUGCAGAAACUGAUGGAAGAGGAAGCUGACACUUUGACCGAAUUGCAGAAACAGAUAGAGACGCAGCUGGACAUCAAUCGCAAGAGGCGUAGGAGAAACGGCAAAUUGUCGUUGAAAAUAGAGGACUCGGAAGCGGAAAAAUUCGCGGAAGAAUCCACCAUGCAUGUUAUAAAUAAGAUAAUCGAAGAAGCGGUCGACGAUCCCACUGCCGCGGAUGAGGUUAAGGCCUUGGGUCCGAAUAUAGCCGGUAUGGGGCUGGCGAAUUCGUUGGAAGACACGAGCAACGCCCCUCAGCCAGAGAAGGUGGUGUUUAAUCUCGAUUUCGAAGACCUGGAUGACGAGGAACUGGACUCUUACAUAAUGUCAGAGCAGGAGUACAGGAGCAAGAACGGCCUGUGGACGAAACUGAACGCCGACUAUUUGGAGAAACAGAAAGCGAAGGCGGAGCAGGCGAAACGCGAAGCAGAGGAAGGGAAACCGGAGAAGAAACGGAAACGGCCGAACAGGAAAAAAAUCGGGCCUGCAAAUUCCGCGGGCGAGGCGAUAGAGAAGAUCAUCCAGGAGAAGAAGAUAUCGUCUAAAAUUAACUACGACGUAUUGAAGAGUUUAAAUUCCGUGACGUCGGGCGAAACGAGGCAAGCGGAAGAUAAUAUGGAGAAGAAAUUCACUGAGCCCAGUCCAAAGAAGCACAGGGGUAAUAAAAGACUUGACUCGGGUUUGGGGCUGCCGUUCGCGGAGCGUAAGGAAGACAAGAAAGAAGAAGAGAAAAUGAAUGUAGAGCCUGAAGAGGAAGAGGAAGAGUUGGAUGAAUAUUACGAAGAGGAGCCGGCACAGAAAGAGUCGACGAUGGGAGUCCUGGAAAUGUUGAAGCAGCAUCGGGAGGACGAGGCGGGCGAUGAUGAUUACGAGUACGGGUAUUACGAAGAGGACUACUAAUCCAGGUGGUGCGCGAAUGAUAUAACUUUUUUCUGUAAGUUUUUAUUUCCUUCUCUCCUCUUAUAAGACUGUAUUUUGAGAUCUUCCGAAUUUUUGCGCCCUAUACCUUGCCUUUAAAUUCAUUGUUGUAGAUAUGUUUAAAUUAUUAUUAGUUGUAAAUCUCUUUUUAAUAAUAAACGCAUUUUCAUGAC